CGGUGUUGGAUUGAUUUGCUGGUGUGGCGGCUGACAUUUUCCCCUUUAUUUCGUUGCUCGGUACUAUUCACGUUGGACGUGGUUCGAUUCGUGGUGAAAUUAGGUAAAAAUCCGUGAUUUUCCGGUACGAUUUCAGGUUGUAACAAAUUAAUAUUACGCACAAAAAGACGAUGAGGAACUUUGUGUACGCCGCCGUGCUGGGACUGUUUGCCCUGAGUCAGCUGAGUGUGGCCAACGAAGAGAGUACGGCACGAUUGCUGGUGUCCAAGCAAAUCCUGAACAAAUACCUUGUAGAGAACCGCGACAUCGUCGUCAAGUAUACGCUUUACAACGUCGGUUCCGGAGCGGCCGUCAAUGUGCAGCUAGUCGACAACGGUUUCCACCCGGAAGCAUUCACCGUCGUCGGAGGCCAACUGUCGGCCACCAUCGAUCGCAUUGCCCCGCAGACCAACGUCACCCACAUCGCCGUGGUGCGACCGAAGGCCUACGGCUACUUCAACUUCACUGCCGCCGAAGUCAACUACCAGCCAGCGGAGGAAGUCACCGAGCUGCAGUUCGCCGUCAGUUCCGAGCCGGGUGAGGGUGCCAUUGUUGCCGAGGCCCAGUUCAACAAGCAGUUCUCGUCGCACUACCUGGACUGGUUCGCAUUCGCCAUCAUGACCCUGCCCUCGCUGGCCAUUCCCUACGCGCUGUGGUUCAGCUCCAAGUCGAAGUACGAGCUGUUGGCCAAACCAACGAAAAAGGUCAACUGAGGAGCUGAAUGUAGUGCUUUAGCAUUUAGAAUAAGAUGAAGGCGAGGCAGAUUUUUACUGCUUCGGGUUGUGUCUCCCGGCGAGAGAAUUCGCAGGACACCAAAUCGGAAAGACUAAUUUAUUACACGUAAGGACGCGCUUUUCCGUUUCAUAAUUCUCAUCACUUCUAAAGCCACCCAGUUUUUUUGUUGCAGUUUUAUAAAUUUGAACGUGAGAUAGUUUAAAGAGUUCAGUUCAUCGAAGCUUAAAGAAAGUUGUUGCAUUUUUUCUGUGAACAGGAACAAAGCGCAGGAUGGCUUUGAUUUUUGUUAUGUCGAGUCAAACCAUACAAUAAAUGAGAUUGAAAACAUAA